CUUUAUCAUUAGCAGAAGUAGCAAAUUCGAAGCUGGAAUAUACACGAAGGUUAACGUAGCAGCGAGGAGAGCUUUUCAGUUUAUAAUUUGUUGAAUUCAAUGGCUGAAGAAUCAGAGAAGAGAUUUCACGCCGUCAUGGAUAAGCUGUUCUUUGCCCCUCCUCCCAAUUCCAAACCCACAAGAACUCCCAGUUCGACUAGUGCAACUGCAGUUGGAUUUUUCAGAGGAAAGAAGCGCUCACAUAUGAUGACUACACCUCUAGCUGUAGUUUAUUCAAAAUCCAUCGGAGGUACAAUCGAGGAGUUGAGAAAGACAUCUGGUGAGACAUUGCAAUCACCUAUGUGCAGACCCUGGGACAGAGACGACUUACUGAAUAGGCUUGCUACAUUCAAGUCCAUGACAUGGUUUGCUAAACCUGAGGUAGUAAGUGCAAUAAACUGUGCAAGAAGAGGUUGGGUUAAUGUAGAUAUGGACAUCAUAGCCUGUGAAUCCUGUGGGGCCCGUCUCUUCUUUUCUACUCCAUCAUCAUGGGCACAACAACAAGUCGAGAAUGCAGCCUCGGUUUUCAGCUUGAAGCUGAAUAAUGGACAUAAAUUACUUUGCCCAUGGGUUGACAAUGCUUGUGAUGAGAAGCUAGCACAGUUUCCUCCUAGUUCAUCUCUAGAUUUGGUUGAUAACUACAAGAAACGAUGUGCAUCAUUAUUGCAACUUUUGGAGCUUCCUGUGAUCUCAUCAACAGCCAUUAAUUACAUGUGGAGCCCAUUGUUGGAAAACUUCCUUAAAAACUCUCCAACUCUAGAGAAUGUGUAUGGAUCUGAUAAUGUUUCUACAACAGGGGAAGAAGUUUUUCCUGUCUUGUAUUAUCAGGCACAAAAGGUGAUCAGUUUAUGUGGUUGGGAGCCUCGGUUGCUACCUUACAUCGUUGAUUGCAAAGAUGUAAAAAAAGAUGAAUCCAUCAAAUCUGGACACAUACACAAUAACACACAGAAUUCAAGUAUAACUGUAUACUCUUCAAAUCUGGAUCCAAAUCCAAACAAUGAUCCCUCUACAAUUGAGCAAUAUGAUCAUACAUCUAUAGUUCUAGUCUGCAGACUUUGUGGAGCUAAAGUUGGCCUAUGGGCUUUUCGUACAACUCCUCAGCCUCCAGAAUUUUUCAGACUUAUUGGACAAGAAUUAAACGAAGAUUCAAAUUCUGAAAAUAAGCAACUAAAUGUUGAACAACAACAACAAACAGUGAAUAGAAGUGUUUUGAAUUUGACAAUUGCAGGGGGCCCACCACCAGCAGAUCAGAAUUUUCGGCCCACAAUUUCUUUGCCUGUUGUUGGACAGAAUUUGAGGACUCGGUUUUCAUCUGCUUUUGAAUCUGCUGCUGACGUGUCUGUUAUCAAAAGUUUGAAUAGUACAUCAAAAGAUAUUAUUAAUCAGGUUUCAGGGGAUGUUCAUAGUCAACAAGAGGGAGGAAGUCUUGGAACCAAUGAUGAUGAUACUGAGAGGUUAUCUUGUUUAGGGAAGGAUUCAACUUCAAGUCAACCAAGUCCAGCAGCUACAACUACAACUACAAAAGCAAUGGAGUUUGAUCCAAUAAAGCAGCAUAGACAUUUUUGCCCCUGGAUCACAUCAACUGGGAAGUCUGCACCUGGAUGGAAACAAACUCUUUCUGCUCUACAACGCCAGAAAGAGUUCCUCUCUCCUCCAUCACCCACAACCCAACAACCUUCAUCUUCAUCUUCACUCAUUCAGGUGUCAGAUCCUGUUGGUUCUGUUAAAAAGCUUCUCACACCCCCCUCAGCUAAAAGACACAAGUUCACACAUGGCUCCACCUAAACUCAAAUUAUUUGUGAAGUAACAUUAUUAUCUUGUUUUGCUUAAACCAUUUAUUUCUUCACUUUCAAUUUAAUCACAAAAUUUUUGGGCUUUCAUGUAAUCAAAAAAUUAGAACAAGAAUACACAUUUUGAUGUACAACUCAAAAAUUACGCCA